GGGAGGACACUGCCACCCACAGCCUCCGGGAGCUCAGUGCAGCGCGCACACGCGGCGACUCGGUGGCGCAGGAGACCUCUGUCCGGGCCCUGGGGGUAGCCGAGGGCAGGAGCAGAAAAGGAGCCAUGUCCCCAGGCUGCCCACGCCUCUGGGUCCUGGUGGUCCUGGGCUCUAGCUGGGCGGGCGGGGGGCGCACGGGGGCUGAGGCCGCGCGGCUAAGGGAGUUCUAUGUGGCGGCUCAGGGCAUCCGCUGGAACUACCACCCUGAGCCGGCGGAGCACAGUUCGAACCCGUCUGCAACCUCCUUUAAGAAGAUUGUCUACAGAGAGUAUGAAGCAUAUUUUGAGAAAGAAAAACCACGAUCGAGAACUUCAGGACUCCUUGGGCCUACUUUAUAUGCUGAAGUUGGAGACAUCAUGAGAGUCCACUUUAAAAACAACGCGGACAAGCCCUUAAGCAUCCACCCUCAAGGAAUCAAGUACAGUAAAUUCUCAGAAGGUGCUUCCUACGAGGACCACACGUUUCCUGUGGAGAAGAUGGACGACGCUGUAGCCCCGGGCCAUGAGUACACCUACGAGUGGACCGUCCGUGAGGACAGUGGGCCCACCCGCGAUGACCCGCCGUGCCUCACGUACAUCUACUACUCCUACGACGACCUGAUACAGGACUUCAACUCCGGGCUGAUCGGCCCUCUGCUUAUCUGCAAGAAAGGCACCCUCGGUGAGGGCGGGAUUCAGAAGAUGUUUGACAAGCAGCACGUGCUGAUGUUCGCCGUGUUUGACGAAAGCAAGAGCUGGAGCCGGUCGCCGUCUGUCAUGUACACGGUCAACGGCUAUGUGAACGGGACCAUGCCAGAUAUAACGGUCUGCGCCAACGACCAAGUCAGCUGGCAUCUGAUUGGAAUGAGCUCCGGACCAGAGCUGUUCUCCAUUCACUUCAACGGCCAGGUGCUGGAGCACAACCGGCAUAAGAUCUCGGCCAUGACCCUCGUCAGCGCCACGUCCACCACUGCGAACAUGACCAUGGGCCCCGGGGGGAAGUGGAUCGUGUCCUCUCUCACCCCUACUCACAUGCAAGCGGGCAUGCAGGCCUCCGUGGACAUCCGAGACUGCCCCAAGAAGACCAGGAGCUCCAAGAUGCUGACGCGUGAGCAGCGGCGGCACAUGAAGAGGUGGGAGUACUUCAUCGCUGCGGAGGAAGUCAUCUGGGACUACGCGCCUGUCAUACCAGUGAACAUGGACAAAAAAUACAGGUCUCUGCAUUUGGAUAAUUUCUCGAACCAAAUUGGAAAACAGUACAAGAAGGCUGUCUACAAACAGUACCAAGAUGAGUCCUUCACCAAACGCCUGGAGGAUUCUGACAACAAAAACGACGGGAUCCUGGGCCCUGUCAUCAGAGCCCAGGUCAGGGACACACUCAAAAUCGUGUUCAAAAACAUGGCCAGCCGCCCCUACAGCAUUUACCCUCAUGGAGUGACCUUCUCCCCCGUUGAAGAGGAAACCAACUCUUCCUCCUACACAGGCGGCAACCCCAUGGUCAAAGCGGUUCAGCCAGGGGAGACCUACACUUACAAGUGGAAUGUCCUAGAGUCCGAUGAGCCCACGGAAAACGACGCCCAGUGCCUGACGAGGCCGUACUACAGUGCUGUGGACGUCACCAGGGACCUGGCCUCGGGGCUGAUAGGGCUGCUUCUGAUCUGUAAGAGCAGGUCCCUGGACAAGCGAGGCAUACAGCGGGCGGCAGACAUCGAGCAGCAGGCUGUGUUCGCCGUGUUCGACGAGAACCGGAGCUGGUACAUCGAGGACAACAUCAACAAGUUCUGCGCGAGCCCCGAGAAGGUGGACCGGGCCGACCCCAAGUUUUACGAGUCCAACAUCAUGAGCACCAUCAACGGCUACGUGCCCGAGAGCAUAUCCACGCUGGGCUUCUGCUUUGACGACACCGUUCAGUGGCACUUCUGCAGCGUGGGGACCCAGGAUGACGUUCUGACCAUCCACUUCACCGGGCACUCCUUCAUCUACGGCAAGAGGCAUGAGGACACUCUGGCCCUCUUUCCCAUGAGCGGGGAGUCUGUGACCGUCACGAUGGAUAACGUAGGAACCUGGAUGUUAACCACCAUGAAUUCUAACCCAAGGAGCAGGAACCUGAGGCUGAGGUUCAGGGACGUGAAGUGCAUCUGGGACGACAGGGAGGACGACUAUGUCAUCUACGAGCCUCCGUCUGCCUCCAUGACGACACGGAAAAUGCGCGAGUUCCCAGAAGACCGUGGGGCGGACGACGACGACGCGGACUACGAUGAACAGGACAGGCUGGCUUUAGAGCUGGGACUGCGGUCAUUCAGGAACGCACCCCUGAGUCCGCAGGGGGACGAGUUCAACCUCACCGCCCUGGCCCUGGACAACAGCGCUGAACUCGUGCCUCCAAGUCCUGACACGGCUGUGGGUCCGAAUUCUCCUUCCCCGGGUAACAGGAGCGGGCUCGCGGCCCGUCCCUUUGCAGGAGCUCACGAAAGCCUCCCUCACCCCGCAACCACCACAGCCGACCCCCCCGGGGGACGCAGCUCAGAAAAGACCGCAGAUCGCAGCCCCCCCGCAGCGGAGCGCUCCAGCCCCUACUCCGAAGACCCUCGGGAGGACCCCCUACCGUCGAUCGUCACGGAGAUAAGCCUCCUUCCGCCCGGGGCAGAGGGACUGAGAGGUCAAGGACACGCUGCAAGCAACGGAUUCCAGGCGGGAAGAGACGGACAGGCCGGGCACAAGUUGUCCCAGACGGAACUUCUAGAACAUAUAACCGGGAGACCGGCAAGCCAAGACAGCUCUUCUUCCGAGACAGAGCCCUGGGAGGACCUCCCCAGUGACCUGCUACUCCUGAAACAGGACACGCCAUCUAAGACUUUGAACGGGAAAUGGCAUUUGGUUUCUGAAAAGGGGAGCUACGAGGUCAUCCCAGAGGCGGAUAAGGACUUGGCUGUUAGUAACCCCCAGAAUGCCUCCGGGCCCUGGGCGGGGAGCGCCCCUCCUCCGAACAAGCAUGAUGGACAUCGGAGUGGCCGCCCAAAGCUUUAUGGCGUUAGACAUAAAUAUCCACGACUCAGGCAGGGAGGGAGAAGCAGCCGACCGAGGAACAGCACCGUUUUGAUCCGGACACGAAGAAAGAAGUUUGCACACCGCACCCCGUUCUCUCCAAGGAGCUUCCGCCCCCUCGGAGGGGCGGCCAACGGCACGCGCUCCGACCCACGUCCCACGUCCAACGAGUCGUCGAUCCCCAUGCACCUGCACCAGCCGCUCGCCCCUGCAGACCUCAGCCCGCUGGCCUCACUGCCCGACCGCAGUGGGAGCCCCCCGAACGGCACCGGUCAGCCAGGCCUCUCGCCGGACAUUCCGCGGACAGCAGCCCCAGAAGGGCGCGAUCACCAGUUCCCCCUCCCAGACCCCGAUCCAACGCAUCUCCCCAUGAGGCCCAGACACGGGCCUUCUCCAGAGCCCGGCCAGGCGGUCAGUGCUGACCUAAGACACCCGUCCUCCCCCGAGGACUCUGGACAAAUGUCUCCGUCCUUGGAACUUGAAGUCUGGCAGACGGCCAUCUCCCCGGACCUCACCCAGACGACCCUCUCCCCAGACCUCGGCCAGGAUGCUCUCUCCCCAGAUUUCAGCCAGACAACUGUCUCCCCAGACCUUGGCCAGACAACCCUCUCCCCAGACCCCAGCCAGGAUGCUCUCUCCCCAGACCUCGGCCAGGAUGCUCUCUCCCCAGAUUUCAGCCAGACAACUGUCUCCCCAGACCUCGACCAGGAGACCCUCUCCCCAGAUUUCAGCCAGACAACUGACUCCCCAGACCUCACCCAGACGACCCUCUCCCCAGACCUCAGCCAGGAGACCCUCUCCCCAGACCUCAGCCAGGAUGCUCUCUCCCCAGACCUCGGCCAGGAUGCUCUCUCCCCAGAUUUCAGCCAGACAACUGUCUCCCCAGACCUCGACCAGGAGACCCUCUCCCCAGAUUUCAGCCAGACAACUGACUCCCCAGACCUCACCCAGACGACCCUCUCCCCAGACCUCAGCCAGGAGACCCUCUCCCCAGACCUCAGCCAGGAUGCUCUCUCCCCAGAUUUCAGCCAGACAACUGUCUCCCCAGACCUUGGCCAGACAACCCUCUCCCCAGACCCCAGCCAGGAGACUGUCUCCCCAGAUCUUAGCCAGGAGACUGACUCCCCAGACCUCAGCCAGGAGACCCUUGCCCCAGACCUCGGCCAGGAGACCCUCUCCCCAGACCUUGGCCAGGAGACUAUCUCCCCAGAUUUCAGCCAGACAACUGACUCCCCAGACCUCGACCAGGAGACCCUCUCCCCAGACCUCAGCCAGGAGACCCUCUCCCCAGACCUCGGCCAGGAUGCUCUCUCCCCAGAUUUCAGCCAGACAACUGUCUCCCUAGACCUCGACCAGGAGACCCUCUCCCCAGAUUUCAGCCAGACAACUGACUCCCCAGGCCUUGGCCAGGAGACCCUCUCCCCAGACCUCGGCCAGACGACCCUUCCUCCUGCUGUCUGGCAGACAUCAGCCCCUCCAGAUAUUGAUCAGACACCCGACACUUCUGAACCUGCUCAGACUGUCCCUUAUUCAGACCUCGGUCAGUUGUCAUCUCUUCAACCGUCUCCUCCACUAAAUGACACUUUCCUAACAAAGGAAUUUAACCUACCGUUUGUGCUUGGCUUCAGUGGAGACGACGGAGAUUACAUUGAGAUGAUACCAAGCGAGAGGGAAGAGAACGAUGAAGACGACUCUUACGAAUUUGGCCACGUGGCCUAUGACGAUCCCUACCAAACCGACAUGAGGACGGACAUGAACUCCUCCAGAAACCCGGACAGCAUCGCAGAAUGGUACCUCCGUAGCAACAACGGCAACAGGAAAUACUAUUAUAUCGCUGCUGAGGAAAUAUCCUGGGACUACUCAAAAUCUGCACAAAGUGAGAUGGACAGUGAAGACGAGGAUGCCGUUCCGGAAGGCACCGUGUACAAGAAAGUCGUCUUCCGCAAGUACCUGGACAGCACUUUCACCAAGCGGGACCCUCGGGGGGAGUACGAAGAGCAUCUGGGCAUCCUUGGGCCUGUGAUUAGAGCUGAGGUGGACGACGUUAUCCAGGUGCGCUUUAAAAAUUUAGCAUCCAGACCGUAUUCUCUGCACGCCCACGGGCUUUCCUACGAGAAAUCAUCGGAGGGGAAGACUUACGAAGACGACUCCCCCGAAUGGUUCAAGGAAGACAACGCAAUCCAGCCCAACCGCAGUUACACCUACGUGUGGCACGCCACGGGGAGGUCGGGGCCCGAGAACCCCGGCUCUGCCUGCCGGGCCUGGGCCUACUACUCAGCCGUGAACACGGAGAAGGACAUCCACUCAGGCCUGAUAGGUCCCCUUCUGAUCUGCCGGAAAGGGACGCUUCACAAGGAGAGCAAGAUGCCCGUGGACACGCGAGAAUUCGUCCUACUCUUCAUGGUCUUCGACGAGAAGAAGAGCUGGUAUUACGACAAGAAACCCGAAAGGUCCUGGAGACGCACGUCCUCCGAAGUAAAACACUCCCAUGAGUUUCAUGCCAUCAACGGGAUGGUCUACAACUUGCCUGGCCUGAGAAUGUACGAGCAGGAGUGGGUAAGGCUGCACCUGUUGAACCUGGGCGGCUCCCGAGACAUCCACGUGGUUCACUUCCAUGGCCAAACCCUGCUGGAAAACGGCACGCGACAGCACCAGUUAGGGGUCUGGCCCCUUCUUCCUGGCUCAUUUAAGACGCUUGAAAUGAAGGCAUCCAAACCAGGCUGGUGGCUCCUGGACACACAGGUCGGAGAAAACCAGAGGGCAGGGAUGCGAACGCCCUUCCUCAUCAUGGACAGAGAAUGCAGGAUGCCGAUGGGGCUGAGCACGGGCGUUGUGGCGGACAGACAGAUCAAGGCGUCUGAGUUUGUGGGUUCUUGGGAGCCCAAAUUAGCAAGAUUAAACAAUGGUGGAUCGUAUAAUGCUUGGAUGACAGAAAAAAUGUCAGAAUUUGACACUCAACCUUGGAUCCAGGUGGACAUGGAAAGGGAGGUCCUGUUCACGGGCAUCCAGUCCCAGGGCGCCAAGCACUACCUGAAGUCCUACUACACCACGGAGUUCCGCGUGGCCUACAGCUCCGACCAGACCAACUGGCAGAUUUUCAAAGGGAACAGCACGAGGAACGUGAUGUAUUUUGAUGGCAAUUCAGACGCCUCUUCAAUAAAAGAAAAUCGGUUUGACCCACCAAUUGUGGCCAGGUACAUCAGGGUCUACCCAACCCGGUUCUUUAACAGACCCGCCCUUCGACUGGAGCUGCAAGGCUGUGAGAUCAACGGCUGCUCCACACCGCUGGGCGUGGAGAGUAGAAAGAUAGAAGACAAGCAAAUCACAGCUUCCUCGUUUAAAACGUCCUGGUGGGGCGGCUCCUGGGAGCCCUCCCUGGCCCGUCUCAACGCCCAGGGCCGCGUGAACGCCUGGCAGGCCAAGGCAAACAACAACAGACAGUGGCUGCAAAUUGAUCUGCUCAAAGUGAAGAAGAUAACGGCGAUCGUCACACAGGGCUGCAAGUCCCUGUCCUCUGAAAUGUACGUGAAGAGCUACACCGUCCACUACAGUGACGGCGGGGUGGACUGGACACCUUACAGGCAGAGGUCCUCCAUGGUGGACAAGAUUUUCGAAGGAAAUAGUAACUUCAAAGGACACGUGAAGAACUUUUUCAACCCCCCGAUCAUUUCCAGAUACAUCCGCAUCAUCCCGAAGACGUGGAACCAGAGCAUCGCGCUCCGCCUGGAGCUCUUCGGCUGCGACAUCGACUAGAACGGCGCGCUGGAAGACACAGGGAGGAGGUCUCCUGAGGCUAUCACGCCGUGAGAGGAGGCAUUGCCUUUCAGGGCUGUGUUAAAGUCUCUGCUAGAGAAUACAAUUUUAUAUGUGAAACUUUUAUAAUGGAACUCCUUGCUACCUGUAAGGGAGAUGGUGGCCAUUAUUUUUGCAUUAUUUUAAAUACAAGUGGGAAAAGUUCAAGAACCAAUAAGGAAAGGGCUUCUCUUUCGCAAUGAUUAAGAUGCUAUAUCAAGUAAUAUUCCUAUGGUUGACAUGCUUUGUGAUAGUUCCUUUAAACCCUAAGCACAUUAAUAAGAGAGGGUUUUUUUUUUUAAAAUAAAAACAUUUCUAGCCUGGGUAGCUGUCCUUCCUACAUUUUUUCUUUAAAAAAACAAACUGUGAUUUAAAAAUAAAGGAAACAAACAAGACUCUUAAAUGGUUAACUUCCCUUGCCAGUGGAGAGAAAAACAACCUCAUCAUAUGAAAUGCUAAGUGCUUAAACUACCCUGUCUGAGCUCCAUGGCAAUGACCUUCAGCCCCUCCAUGAGAAAAAACACAAACACACCUAUUUUCGGUAGUCCCACUGGCCUCAUGAGUCAGACCGGUCCUGCCUGGGACUGAAGACACGGCACUGUGGUUCAGCACUAGGGGUCAUUAGACACAGAGCGGAAUGCAAAUGACCAGGGGAGAGCUGGACACAGAAUCUUGGCUUCGUCCUAGCUGACGCUGGCUGGCAUGCUGUUUCAAAACACGGGUCACCCAAGGUGAAGCUGAUCGCUGUAAAGCCAGCACUGGGGCUGUCGUCCCGAACGCAGCUCUGCUUGCCAGGAGGGGCCCCUGGCCAACUGACUGCGCUGUGGUCCCUCUCUUGAAAUUCCCCUUAAUAGUUUUUAACAGUGAGUCCAACCUUUGCAAUUUGCAAUAGGUCCCACAAGUUAUGUAGCUAGGCCCGGGUCCCUCCACUGCAGAAAUGGGCAGGGUCUCUUCCCAUCUACUGAGGUAUAAUGGAAGCACCUCAGGCAUGAUCGAGGUAUAAAAUCAUGCCACAUACAAGGUAGGGGAACUGAUGAGGACGGAGCAUGAGAUCCAACCUCAUUAUUCCAUACACACAAAAAUGAGGCCACAAAGUUUCAGCAACCUGCCUGGGGCUGCUGCUUGUUCCCAUCCGAGCUGAAACCAGAAGCAAGGUGAUUCGACUCCCAGCCUCUCCUUCCCGUCUGGUUUCUCUUUCAUAAAAAUGGAAAUUACAGUGAUGAUGAUUCAUCCUCCCCAAACAGGUAGACAUGAAUGUUAAUUAAUAAGAACUAGUAAUUGAUCUGAAAAGCACUCAUUCGGGGGAUCCAUGAAAUGUUUGGGUUAUAUAGCUGAUCUGUGUAGACAUAUUAAAACCUCUCUUACUUUGAAAUAAAAACAUGUGUUUGUA